GAAAGGGCUGGUAAUCGAUCAAAAAUGAAGUGCUGGUGUUGCAUUUGUGCGGUUAGAUACCUAUAGUGGUUAAACUUUUUAUUCCCCCCCCCCCCUCUGUUUUUUUGUCCUGUGUUAUUUGAAACAGCCACAGGUUGGAAAUAUUCAGCGCCCAAAUAUAACCAUGAUGAAGAAAUAAGGAACAAUAUCUCGCUUGUGUGAGGCUCUGCAGAGGGAGAGAUUCAACCCGCUGAAACAGCACCCAACAAAAUUGAAGAUUUUGGAUAGAGAAAUGAUGGGCCAACAUGUUGUUUCAAAGAGUGGUGAGCACCGCAUCCUGGAAUCGGGUCAGAAGGAAAAACAAGCUCUCUUGGCAAUUUUAGCAACUUCUGAUAUUGCAGGCGACGAGACCAUUUAUCGUGGAUAUGGGGUUUUUUAAACUGCGCCUCUUGUGUCCCUGGGCCCUUUCAGUGACUUUUGGGGCUACAGAGAGUGCUUGAGAAAAUAUUCAGGAUGUUGGACAAUCUUAGCAGAGGCAUCAUCUCUUCUUCAGACGCCAACAUAGCCCAUAAAAGAAGAUAUGUUUAUUUGCAGGCUUUUCUUCAAGGAGGAGCUCCCUGGGGAUUUACUCUGAAAGGCGGACGGGAGCAUGGCGAACGAUUAAUCAUCUCCAAGAUUGAAGAAGGCGGGAAGGCAGAUUUACUGAACGCUAAGCUACGGCCUGGAGACGAAGUGGUGAACAUCAAUGAAGUUGAGCUAAGUAGUUCCCGGCGAGAAGCCGUCUCCUUGGUAAAAAGCUCGUACAAGACACUGAAAUUGGUUGUCCGCAGAGAUACUUUUGCAGCGGACGGACACAUUGCCGUUACAGCUUCCCGUUCCCGCAGUUCAGAGUGUCUCAGGUCUGACUCGCAAUGUAUUAAGACAGCAUGGCCAAGCGGACUUAAGCUACCGUUGAAUAACAGGCGAAGUGAUCCCGGGGGCCGGCCGCACUCUUGGCAUUCAGCCAAAAUCCCAGACAACCCACCCGAUCUCAGUAUGAUGCAAAUAUCUCAGGGCAUGAUUGGCACUCCUUGGCACCAAGCCUACCAUUCCAGCUCCUCCACAAGCGACCUCUCCAGCUAUGACCAUGGCUAUCUGAGGAGAAGCCCUAGCCAAGUGAUGCAAGCUCCCCGGGGGGCUUAUACGAGCAUAGACUCACACACCUGCAGGGGUAACUCCCCAUCAGCCACCCACCUGUCACCCGCCAAAUCCACCAGCAGUAUCGACCAGCUGCCUCACCUCCACAGCAAGAGAGAUUCCGCCUACAGCUCUUUCUCCACCAGCUCCAGCAUACCCGAAUAUCCAGCGCCUACGUUCUGCAAAGAGCAGUUUUCCUCCCUGGAGACCUUGCAUUACAUUUCGGUGAGGGCCUUGGGAGGAGGAAUGCGACGGGCUUCGAUGGGGUACAUUAAAACCGUCUACAAUGCCCAGCGAGGAGUUUCGGAGGAGUAUGAGGUGAAGUCUUCUGCUCUUUUGCCUGGCGGCGAGGCCCAGGCUAAAGGUUACAACUCUGGCCGGUUGCACGGCUACAGCAGAGGCCCUGGAAGCCGAGUGCGUCCGAAUGGCCGAGAGCCCACUAUAUGAAAGAACCCUCCCUUGCCACCUCAACCCAUUAGAUAGUUAUGGGCUUGGCUGACAGGGCACCCACGGAGAGGACCCAGUUCCUGGUCCAGCGUUGAUCACCGAAAGCCAUGUAGGACUCAUUGCAAAGGCGUUUGGACUCACCUGGGCCCAGGUACUCCUCCUUUGGGGCAGCUCCAGAAAUCUCCAUUCCUUGAAGGACAGCUCCACACGGUGAUGGAGAAGAGUCCGGAGAGCAGUCCUACCAUGAAGCCCAAGCAGGUAUAUAUUCACUGAAGGAGGCUCAAUGGAGGCAGCCUUUGCUUUAACUAGUGUCCCUACCCCUAUACCUCUCCUCCCUAGAUCAACUUGUUUGCCCAGGUCCCUCACCCUUCUGCAAGCAGCACCGGGAUGGUUUACCCAGCGCUUGCCAAAGAGCGUGGGUACAUGCCAGCCCCCGCUUCUUCUCCAAACUCCCACGAGAAGCCUCCAGCCUGCAGUCAGCGUUCUAGCUUGGACGAGAACGGAAACCAAAGCAUUCCCAACAAGGCCGUUGUCUUCUAUCAUCCUGAAUGUGUGCCGUUGACGUCAGAGAAGAAGAAGAAGAACGCAAGUGACCCACUUGCAAGGUUUGCCUUUUACAGAACUCAUCCUCAGGUCCGCCCAGCUUCCCCAAGACAGGAUGAUUCUGGGUCCUCGUAUCCGGCAACACCCGUCAUCCAGGAAACCACCAGAAAUGCACAGUCUGUGAACUACAGCUCUCAAGCAUGGGUGCCUCACCUGAGGGAUGGGGGUGACAGCACCGCUGCGUACCUGUCUAAGGGCUACGGGGCAAGAGAGCAGCAGGAGGAGAAGAGCGCCAAGUCACAGAAAAGCGAUCGAGAUCCCGCAGCCCAUAACCAGUGGAGCUCCGGGAAGGCCAAACAGUAUAGCUUUUCAUCUUUGCAGAACAUCCAGAGAGUGCAAGUUGCAGAAACCACUAGGAUCCCAGGGAGGGUGGAACAGUCGCCGAGUUUACGGAUCCACAGCGUAGAUGCCAAACCCAGAAAUCUCGCAGACACUUCCUCUCAGUUGCACCCAAAGAUGUCAGAUUUCAGCAAUCGCCGGCAUAGUUCUAGCAGCACCCAAAGCUUCCAGAAUGGAAGGAUGGAAUCCAGAAAGGCCUGCCGUUCCGUUCUGGAGAAGGUCAGCAAGAUAGAGCAGCGUGAACAGGGCAACCAGAGGCCUCAGAGUUUGAGCGUGAACAGUUUCGGUCAGAAUUAUGGGUCAAACAAGCCCUGCCUUAAUACCGCCGAGGACAUCCAAAACAGGCGUAAUUCUCAAGACCAGUUGGCAGGGGAACACUGCAAGCUAGCCAAUAGUCCCACCUCAGAAUUGGGCCCCUGUAUGCAAUAUCCCACUGAGAAAGGGGCCAUCAAACCAGAGAGGGGCAACUGGUACCCCGCAGAGCAGCAGGAGGGAGCAACAGUUGCCAUGCUGGUGAUGCCAACGCGGCCGAGCGUCUACCAUGGCGGGCUCUCUGAAAACGAGCCUCAGAAACAGAUGCCGCAAUUGCAGCGCAGCAGAAGCACAUUCCAGUUGAUAGAGAAGUCCGAGAGGGAAAUCUUAUGGAAGAGUAACAUCCAGGACUUGAACGGAUUACAAUUGGACACCCCCUUUAACAGGGCCUACAGGAACAGCAUCAAAGAUGCCCAGUCAAGGGUCCUGAGAGCCACGUCCUUCCGGCGCAAGGACCUCAACAUCAGCCCUUCGUUUGGAAAUGAGCCCAAGAGGAGUGCCCACCGGCCCUCUUCAGCACACGUUGGGAUGAGGAGCAUGGCCACAUCUCCGCAUACUCCGAAAGAGAGACACAGCAUCACUCCGACAGAGACCAGCCUAGGAUUUCAGCAUAUGAAAGUCUUCCCGGACCCUUACCCACGUCCCCAUUAUGGCGGGCAGAAAGCCUAAUGGAAAUCAGAGCAGAAGAAAAGGUCUUACUCUGAGCCAGAGAAAAUGAACGAAGUGGGUGUGUCCGACACGGAACUCUCGCCCUUCUCUCUCCAGAAGAAGGCCCUCCAUUUUGUUUUCCCGGAGAACACAGUGGCCGACCGGCGCAAGAUCUUCGAGAGGGAGAACAAGGCUUGCUCCACCAUCAAUCUUUCCAAACCGGAGCUGAAGCAGCUGCAGCAAAACGCCCUCGCGGAUUACAUUGAACGCAAAACCGGGAAACGCCCUUCUUCGGCCGCGCAGGACGCCGGCCUUGUUCACGAGGGGUCCCAGACGCCGGUCCUGCAAACUGGUGCUGCCGAGAACCAAUCUCUGUCAUCCUCUUCCAGCAUGAAUUCUCUUCAAGACCUGAGUUCGAAUCCUCGUAGGGAGUCCCUAGAGCGGGCCUCCAGAACCGGGCGUGGCUCUACUACCCUCCCCCCUGGGCUCGUGGGCUGCUUCGACCUGAGUGGGUUUGAGAACAAAAAGAACAGCGGCAACAGCAGCUCUUUCCCCAAUUGGUUAAAAAUAGACCCUCGUCAGGAUCCAAGAGCUAAUCCGGCACUGACUAAGAGCACUCAGACAGAUCAAUUGGAUGCAGGCACCCAAACGUGCCGUGACAACCAAGUUCCGAAGAAAAAGACUGCACGCGCCAAGAAACCUGGGAAAGCAGCAUCAGCAGAGGACUUGCUUGAUAGAUUGGAUAACCGAGUUGUUGCUGUGCAUGUUCGAUCCAGGUCAUCUCCUACAGCCGAUAAGAAAUCCCAGGAGUUGCUGGUAGGAGACAGAGCCGAGUUCAGCCAUUUUGUGAAAGAUCCUUUCUAUGUGGUGGAUGCUGAUACUACCUCAGAAGGUAAUCAAGAGAGAAGUCAGAUGGAAAAAACAGCAUUCAUGUGCUACUAUCCCCACCCACAGCAUAGCAGCGAAAGCAUCAGUACUUCAUCACCAAUGAACAACAUCCUGAAAGCCCCGGAUCUUCUCAAACAUCACAGUAGGAUGUCAGCAUUUGCCCCACUGCCGGUGGAUACAAAUAAUCCUUGUUUUGAUCCUAAGCAAAGCUCCCCAAUGGUUAUUCAUUCCAGGUCAGGUCGGCCCUCAACAACUAAUUCUGGGAAUUCCACACCAGCUCUUGUAAAUUGUCAGGCUGUUGGGGAUGCGCAAGAAACAAGAUGGCAGCCCAGACUGGACAGGGCAGAUAGUAGUAAAAUUCAAACCGAGAUUCUGGACAAUGGUGAGUGUCUUCUCAAAGAUUCUACAGAAGAAGACCCUUGGAAAUGGAAGGCUACUGUGCCUCAAAGACACCCCGUAGCUAAUGCCAAAUGGGUUCAUUUGGUCAAAGAUGACAACAUCCCAAAGAACUCUGUAUCUCCUCAGAUAUCUGGACAGAAGGUCUUCCAACGGUGGCAAAGCCUUCCCUCACAGAACAGCUCUUCUUCUGAACCAGAAACUCUUCCUGGCCACGGAGGACUCUCACUCCACAUCUCGGAGUCCUACCUACAGAUGACCCCUCCACCGUUCAAUCGGGAAGAAGAUGAUGACGACGUUUUUAUCCAAGAGACGGAGCCUCAUCCUGCCAUCACUGAAUCCAAGCGUGCGUCCCCUCUGUUUCCACCUCCACCUCAACUUCCUGAAUGGAGUUCUGUUCCUAUGACAGCCACCACAGAUGAAUUUCCACCUUCUCCUGUUGCUCCAUUGGAACUGGAUAAAUCAGCCAUCGACAAAGCCGCAAGCCUUGGAGAGAAAGAGUUGCAGGAAAGGUCCCUGGCUGCCCCUUGUGGACUGGAAGGACUUCCCCCAAGCCUGCCAGCUCCAGAGAACCAGGAAAGGACAGCUGAUGGAAUUCAGGGGGCUUCGCAGCCUUCCCAUCAAACAGUUGGAGAGACCAAAAGGGAGAUCAAACAGCUGCCGUCCAAUGAGAUUGUGUUGCGGAGCUUCUACAUGCAGCCGCAAACUGGGCACCCCUCCGGCAUCUGCAAAGCCGUCUUGCCAGCCCCUGCCCUCGAUCGCCUGGAGGCUUCUGCAGAAAUGCUAAACUACUCUCAUUUUUAA